GUGCCCGGGGAGUGUUGACGCGAGGAGAGGCUUUACUGCCGCUGACGGCGACAACAACGACGACGAGGUGGUCGAAGAUCCGCGCGAGAAGUAUGUCCGCUAAUCCUGAGCACGGCGAGAGCACGAGUGGCUGCCGAGAGUGAAAGGGGUGACGGUAACGUCACGCGCACCCGUGACAAUCGGCGAGGUGGUAGCUCGCACAGUACCACACACGAAAAGAGACCCCCGUGGGGUCGUGGACGAUGCUGCCGAUUGAUCUUUCGAUGUCGGACGAGCGGCGGACUCGCGGCGACGUUGCCCGAGUCGCCGGCGUCGGCUGGUUGAUGAGGUACGUGCUCCUGCUGCUGGGUCUCUUCGCGGUUGUCCAGUUGACGCCGUCGGCGCUCGCCGGCGAUACCCUGGGUAAUCCGUACAAAAUACUAGGCGUGUCGAAGCGUGCAACGAUCCAGGAAAUCCGGAAGGCGUACAAGAACCUCGCCAAGGAAUGGCAUCCAGAUAAAACUGAUCAUCCGAUGGCUGAAGAGAAAUUUGUCGAGAUAACAAAAGCUUAUGAGCUUUUAACAGAUCCAGAAAGAAGGAGAAACUUUGAUAACCAUGGAAUUACGGAAGAGAGUCUCCGGCAAAGGAGAGACAAUAGUCACUUCAAUGUCCUCGAUCCAUUGGAAGAAUUGUUCACUGGUAACUUUAAAUUCCACUAUCAAAGCAGUGACAACACUCUGUUCCAUAAAAUGAGCAUCACGUAUCGAUCAUUCGAGAAUGUAAUAGUACCGAAAACUUACCGUAUACCAUAUUUAAUCUUAUUCUACUCCGACUGGUGCUACAUGUGUCUCCAAGUGGAACCUACUUGGAGACGAUUGAUCGACGAAUUGGAACCUCUGGGACUUGGUUUGGCUACAGCGCAUGCUAAAAAGGAGUCUACCCUGGCGAGAAGACUUGGCGUCCACUCUAUUCCAUGUCUCGUUGUCAUUGUGGACGGGCGCACUAGCAUCUACAAGGAAUCUCUAUUUAGUAUUCAGAAAGUUGUUGAAUUUGUACGAAGUAGACUACCAUAUAGAUUAAUAAGUACUAUUAGUGAUACCAAUGUAGAUAAUUUCCUAUCGGGUUGGACGGAUAAUCGAAUACGUGCUUUGAUAUUUGAAAAGAGAGACUUCAUUCGUUUGCGAUAUUUGCUUACGUCUUUUUACUACAGAGAUCGAGUAGCUUUCGGCUUCGUCCAGAUUGGCUUACCAGAGACCGAGAACAUAACAACAAAAUACAAAAUCUCAGGAGAAUUGGAUACUUUACUGCUCUUCAACGAAAAUUCGGAAAAACCUAUGGCGUCUAUUAGUAUGAAAGACAUUUCCAGCGAAACCAUGCAUAAUGUUAUUGCUAAUAAUAAGUUUCUCGUAUUACCUAGACUUUCGAAUCAAGCUAUGUUGGAUUCUAUAUGUCCGCCUGAAUGGCUGAGACCACAAAAGCGGUUGUGCGCCGUUUUAAUUUCGCAGCAAAAUAGUCCCAUGCACGACAUGGCUAGACACAAGUUUAGACAGGCAGCAUUAGAGUCUUCUUAUAGCACGGAACGUGUCAGGUAUGCAUAUGUAUUCAAAGAUACACAACCUGAAUUUGUAUCAGCAUUAUUAGCUGGUGAAGGCAGCCCAAUGGAACCUCUAUUACAUAUUGUCAUCAUAUGGAGACGAGAUGCCAAUCACCUGAAGUACGAGUGGCUUCCUCAUGGAUGGGUCGAGGCCGUUCAAGACGAUCGUAUAUGGAACGAGACACGAAGACACUUAGAGAAAACUAUACAAAGGCUGUUACGCGCCACUGAAGCUUUACCAUACGCUGCUGUCGUAGGAGAAUUAGCGGAUGAACAUGCACAGGGUACUGUAGACAGAUUAAUAGGAAGGGCAUUAUUAGCAGUAGAUUAUAUUUCCGAUAAUCUGACGAAAGAGCAAAUUUUGCCUUUGAUAUCAGUACUAGUAACUCUCAUGUUAAUAGGAGUUGCAGGGUAUGGAAUGUCGUACCUAGUUAAGCUAGAAGAAGCAAGUGUCCAGGCUGAGCGUGACCAAUGCAAGGAUAGCAAUGCGAAAUCACAGCCGUCGCAGCCGCAACUACGAUUGCAUGAAUUACGCGCGGAGAAAUACAACGGAUUAGUUCGGCUUUUGAAACCAGGAUGUCGAACCAUUAUUCUACUGAUUGACGCUCAAAGCCGGUUAAAGUUAUUACCAGCUUUUCAUAGAGCCGUGUGGCCUUAUAGAAAGAAUAAAACGCUUAUGUUCGCACAUAUGUCAUUAGAAAGAGGUCUUGAUUGGUAUAAGAAAUUAUUAUUUCUCACUUUAAUGGAGCAGAAGGAUUUAAAUAUAAAUGCAAAAAAUUGCGUCGGGACGGUUCUGUCCUUAAAUGGACAUCGAAAGUAUUUCUGCAUGUACCAUGCCAAACAUCCGGAAUGUAAGGGUAAAGGUUCUAAGCGCAUUAAAAAGAUGACCAAGCGACUUGUCCAAAAACCGGAGGAUCCAGAAGCAGGCGCUUUUAUCGGUUUUGACAGUUCCAAUGAAUCUGAUGUGUCUCAAGACGAGGGUGGAAGUAACAUUUUAUAUCAAGACAACCUUUUAGAUGGAUUACCUAUGUGGCUCGAUAGAUUGUUCGAAGGAUCAACGCAUCGUUAUUAUGUAAAUUAUUGGCCCGAGUUCACUGCCAAGUAAAAGGAAGAGGAGAAAUUUUUUUUCUAGACGUGUAGAGGAGACUGUGGCACCUAGGGACAUAUAUAUUGGAAUAUACUGUUUAUUUUCCUAACACUAGUGAAAGUCUCAAGUUUCUACUUUAUAUUGUCUCAGUUGUUACUUGUUUACGAUCUGUUAGGUACACGUCCUGCCGAGACAUUUAAGUCUAGAUUUAUCUAGAAAUAACCGUUAACAAGGUGAUGUCGUAAGUAUUUUUUUUUAAAUUAAUUAUAUCAUAAUUUUUUAAUAUAAACAUAUUUUAUUUAAUUUCUUUAACAAAAAAAAGAAAUUUUAGAUGCACUGACAUUUUAUAUAAUUUUAGCUCUUAAUACAAUUUGAUUUCAAGAAACGUGUACCUCUGGAAUGUAUAUAAUACUUUUUUUCUUUUUAUUUGUAGAUCAUAAUGCAAUCCGAAAACAUAAACAUAAACGAUACAAAUGUGCAUAGAUAAUAUAAAUGAGAUGGCAAUUUCAGAUAUUUUACAUUAUGAAUAUUCUAUGGAAACAGCUGCCUUCAUCUAUGGACUUGAAGUAGAUUAUUUAAUAAUGUUUUUUCAUACAAUUAUUUUGGGCAAAGUAAUUAAAGACUCAAUUGAAGGAGGUCUUUCUCGAUGAGAUGUCAUUUCUAUUAUAUUUAAAAAUGUGUCAUCAAGAUCAUUGUGUUUGCUUGGUGUGCUUUGAAGAAUAUUUACCACUUUUACUUUAUACUUUUAUCAAAUGUAACAAUAUAACGUAUUCACAACAUUGGGAUAUACAUCGGAAGACGGAUAAAUCUACAAAAAAUCAAUUUCUGAAGAAAAACAAUAACGAAAUUUCUAAAUUAUUUGCGACAGAUUGCUUAAAAAUAUCUCUUAUUAAAAAUUUAUUUAAAAGAUCAUUAUAUCUUGAUGAAGAUAUUCACGAAGGUCCACGAAUACAUUUGUACCCAAGAAAGUUUAGGCAUUCACAAUGUUUACUUGAUUUUAGCAAAUGUAUAUUUGAAAUUAAGGAAAAGAAGAAAUUGAAAAAGAUAAAAAAAUAUAUUUAAAAAAUUAAGUAUCACAGUCUCCUCUAUACUUUAGUGAUAAAGGAAAGUGAUAAAGAACAAGGUUUGCCUAGUCAACGGAAUAUUAUUGCCAUCGGGAUAUACUGUGAUUCGAAUGGACACAGAUGCAACUCUGUAUAAAGACAAAACAUAUUCAUUACUUAUGCUAAGUACCGUUUAUAAACAUAUUUACAGUUUCCUGCAUUUUAACAUUUUUAGAUUGGUCUUUAAGUAUUGUUAAAGAGAAAGUAUGUUAUAAAAAGUUAUAUAGCAGGUAAGGAGGGAGAAUAAAAUUAUUGCUGAUGUGGGACUCGAUUCUCUAAUAUAAAUCAAGUUUUCUAUAUACUACUACUACUAUAACUACUUUAUUCGUUUCUAUGUAUAACUCGGAAUACUCUUUCUAGAAAUUCUAGAAUAUUUCCGAAUUACAUAGAGUCCUCGAAAUUGCUUGUAUCUAGUCAACACGUUACCAAAAUUUAACAGUAUUGCACAAUGUACAAGCAAAUAGAUCAUUUAUAUUUCCUCAGAUAUAUGAUUACGAGAUCGCGAUCGAUUGCGAUUAUCGUUGCAUUGUGAAUAUGUUAAUUCCUUAUAACAUUGUAAUGAUCUAUACGAGCUAUUUUUAGUGCCGUAAAAAAAUGUAAAUCCGUAUAUGUUCAUGUACGUAAUAUCUGUCGCUUGUUCGCCCUACGUUUAUUAGUAUCGCCAUUAUACAAACAUAUUUCUCGAAUCCGAAUAUCAGUAUAUCUAUUUACAGAAUUAUUACAUAUCUAUUUACAGAAUUUAUACUUUAUCAAUACAGUUACCGUAAAAUUGAUAUUUGUAGGAGCGAACCCAAAUGCUAAAAAAUAAGAGUGUUGUUAAAAAUAUAAUCCGCGCGCUCUUAUCCAGACUUAUAUACAUCUAUUAUUUUAUUUUUAAUUGUUCUACGUUUGUACUCAUCCCUUAAAAAUUGUACAUAUUUUAAAUAACGUGUAUUACUAAAAAUGUAUAUUAUUUAUUUAAAUAAUGUACAUAUACAUAUGUGCAUAUAUUGUUUAAGUACAUUUAUUUGGUUAAAGUAUUCAGUAUCGGUAUUAGAAACAGAUAUUUACUUUUCUCAAAUAUGUAAUCCUUUUUUAUGAAGCGACAAAUCUAGGUACCUUGUAUCUUUUAUAUAUUUCCUUAUUAUACAAGAAACUAUUAGAAUGUACUAAACAUGUAUUAUAGACAUGCGAUAAUCAUAUUGUUGAAAUUGCAAAUUAUGUGAGCUCAAUUGUUUAUACUUUACAUCCUUAUAUGAAGAUUAAAAUUGGCAAACAGAUAUAAACAUGGAGUAAUAUUUCUACCCUAAUAACAUUCUUGAUAAUUCUGAGUUAUAAUUACUAUCAUAUGAAUAUUGUUACAUUUAAGUAGAGUUUAAUAAUGUUCAUAAAUAUAGAAAUAUAUAUUUGCGAGUAUCACUUUUGCGGUAACUAUGAAAUGUUUUAAGUUGCUGCUUGUUUUUUGUAAGUAUUAUGUGAUAUAACAGACUUUCGAACUAGUUUUGCGAGAUAUGCACUAUAAUAUACACAUUUGUUAUGUCCCUCGCAAAAACAUUUCGAUUGUAAGAAAACGAUAUAUCUAGAAAUGUUUGUUAACAAAGCGUGUAAUUUAUUGUACGUUAUUCGUAUUAGAGUAUGUAUAUAUAUAUACGUACGUACUUAAUUCUUAUAUGUUGGCUAUAUACUUGUGUGUAAUCGCUAUUUAUACUUUUGGACUUAUAUAAUUUCAGUUUGGGAUAUAGGAUCCGCUAAAAGAAAUAAAAUGGAUUGCGCAUUA